CGCUGAAUCUUGAAAGGCGGUUUCACGGCGCGUUGCGUAGAUUUACGGAGGUGGGGUUGUGGCCCAUCCCCUUCGCUGGAGCGUAGAACUUAUACACAGUGAAAUGAUACUGAACGAUGUGUGUAAAAUGAUAGAUACUGGACACCGACAGACAGUUCUUCAAUAGCAAAGCGUUGAUUUGGUGUGUAUGUACAAUGGCGAAAAGAGCUUACAUGGUUGAUGACGGUAUGUUGGGGAUUGAGAAGAAGAGCGUGUCCCCUUGACCGGAGAGCAUGGACGGAGACCGAUUGAGCCAACAUCUGUUCCAGGAUUGCAAUGUAUUGAGACCAGUUCAAAGGCGGUGGUGGCGGGUGUCUUGCGUGAAACGAUGGUUUGCGAGGCGAGUUCUAAAACGGCUUCGAAAUGCCGCAACUCGAACAUUCGUAUCUAGAAGCCGGGCGGAGAAGGAAUUUAGAGCGAUUCAACCUCCCGUGUCGAAUUGCUGCGGGAGUGCAAGCCUUCGUGGAGGACUAUGAUGAGGGGAAGUAUCCGCAGAACGCUGGUGGCUCUAUCAGCGAGCCUGAGGAGUCUGAGGCUGAGGAGUCUGAGGCGGAGGAGUCGGGAGCGGAGGAGUCAGAAGCGGACGAGGCUGAGUAUAAGGAGGCUGAGAAGGCGGUGUUGGAAAUAUUAUCAAGAACCGCUUGAAGUCUGUUGUCGAUAUCUUCUGUGAAGCCAUUUAGAACGCUCUCAACCU